AAUGUGGCUCCGAGGACUUUUCGGAGGUUUAUUCUUCUUAUUUCUUCUAUGUUCUUGUGUUGCACUUUUUGUGCUUCACAGUCUUUAUUUCAUUUUCCGGACUGCUUCACAAACUGAGAAAACUGAAUCGAAAACUGUUCACGAUGAUCAACUAUUCAUUCCUGCCCUCGUAAUCUGCAACAGAAUGCCAUUUUCACAGGAUGGACUAAACAAUGUAAAUGUGAAUCUUCGUCAAGACUCUGCACUUCGAUAUCUUUUGGAAUGGACGAAUCCAUCGCUUCGUGAAGCAGCUGAUUAUGUGGCACCUUCUGCAGAUUUAAUGAAUCAAGGUCAAAAUACAGUACUCCAAUAUAUAACUCAAUCGACAAGAAAUCAAACAAUUCAAAAUAUGCAAUAUCAAUGUCAAUCUGUUAUUAAUUCGUGUACUUAUCAGGGAAUUCAGUUGUCUUCUUUUGAUUGUUGUCGGAAUUUGCUUUCAAUGAUUCCAAGUACAAAUGGACUUUGCUGGGUGUGGAAAGAUUCAACUAUGUGGCAAAAUUCAACGGGAAUAAAUCGACAAUUUUCUAUUACUUUCCAGAUGACUAGAAACUCUUGGUUCUCAACAUAUGUUCCAACUCAUCCAGGAGUAGAUAUUUAUCUGAGAGAAGAUGGAAAUGAUGUGAUGAGAAUGGCAACAGAACUUGAAAAUCCAAUUCGAUUAUUAGAUAAACGAGGUGUCAGACUGCAAAUGAGAAAAACUAAAAAGGCCGAUAUCAGACGUACUUCUUGUGGAUACGCGUUAGGAGAUGCACGUAGAAGCGAUGAACAUGCAUUCAAGAACAAUCAUACCAAUUAUCUAAUGUGUAAUAUGUUGGUGGCAAUGAGAUAUUGUAGUUGUCAUCCACUUAUGGCUGAACUUAUUCAUUACGACCCAUCGUCUUAUCGUGAUUUCUUGCUGCGAGUAACCCAAACAAGUGUGUGCAGCGUUGAUGCCUAUGACAACUGUGCUCGCCGUUACAUAGAUCUGACGAGAAUUGAAAAUUGGGAAGAAGAUAUUCCAAAGGAUCUUCCUGGUUAUGAAGACGCAAAGAAAUGUAGAAAUGAUAAUCAGAGAAGUUGUUUGAUCACUUCAUAUCCAGGAACAAUUGAAGGAUAUGAUCUUCCGGAAGAAUACAGAACCACUCAGGAUUAUGUUUCCCGUUUGGUUUUGGAGUACAGUACUAUGAGAACAACAGAAAUUCUGGUCUCCAAAGAUCCAAAUAUCUAUGAACUUUUGAGUUUUAUUGGAUACAAUAUGGCUCUAUGGUUUACAGUUGGGCAUAUUUUAUGGUCAAUGUUUUGGUAUGCAACUGGGUUAUGUUGUCCAAAACGUCAAUCAUCAAAUAGAAUAUCACCUGAAAUCCGCCGGAAACGUAGUGUUUCGUCACCAGAACCAAUUGUCGUCGAGCAUCGGCCAAGUCAAGAUGUAGCUUCAGGAGACACAUAAUUAUUUUUAUUUUCGAAUUUUUGUGAAAUUUCAAUCACUCAAUUUUAUGUAUAUCUCGAUCUCUUACAACUGUUUUGCUCCUGUUCUCUCUUUUUACCAAUUUCCUCCCAAAUACUCCGGUUCUCUGAGUCUUUCUUCAUGUUUUGUGCAAAUAAAAAUAAAUACGAAUCC